AUGCAGACUGAAAUGAAUUCUAUGUCAAAAGCUAUAUCUGGUGAGAAUCAUGAUAGUUAUGUUCUUCCCAUAGAAUCUGGAAAAGCCAUAGCAUUAACCAUGAAUUUUCCACAACAUCAUUCGUCUAUGUCAAAAAUGACAGCAACUGAGAAUAAUCAAAUUCAAAAUCAAUUUUCAAAUGUACAUUCACAUUGUAAUCAUAUUACAACUGAUCCUCAUGGUUGUCUCGAUUGUAUAUCAACUAUGUUUGGACCAAAUUAUGCACCAUUUGCUGCAUUUAUGCGUGAAUUUUCUGAAUUUUCACAAACACAAAAGACAAUUGCUAUGAAACAAAAUGAUUUAAUUGAAAAUCUUCUUUCUUAUCAUCAACAACAAAGUCUAGAAAGACCUACAUUAAAUGAACAAGAAUUUCAACAUGUUUUUACUUAUGGUACAUGGUCAAAUGGAAAACGUCUUUUUUCAUCGAAUGCUCAAUUAUUUAUGUCAAAUCGAUGGUGUUUAGUAUUGACUUUUAUUUGUACAACGUUUUUUCUACUAGUGCUUGGUAUUACUCUUAUAAUCUUAAGUAUUUAUUUGGCAACAUUCCGCGAUGUUACAGAUCCUGUUCUUGCAUUUAUUCGUGCUUAUAGUCGAAUUUAUGAAGAUGAAUUUCAAUAUUUUAAAAUAAUUCUUGGUUUAAUUGCUGUUGGUGUUUUAUAUAUCAUAGCUGUCAUUGCUUAUUUUUCUAGUUUAAUUGGACAUUCAGCAAUUGUGAAUAUGAUUGCAUUGAUAUUUAAUUUACUUGGAUUAUUUUGUUCAGUAAUUCUUAUGUGUAUAGUUUUGUUUAUGGGUGAUAGAAUGAAACCAAAUUUCUCAAUUGUACUUGAAUUAAAUGUAGAAAAUUUUGAAAGUGAUACUUCAACUAAUUCACUUUCAUAUUCAUGGACAUUAAUGCAUAGAAAAUACCAUUGUUGUGUUGAUGGUGUUCUACAAACUGGUCUAACAGUAGCACAAAAGAGUCUAAUAUUCGCGUCACUUUAUCCUGGUUGGUCGAUACCAGAAUCGUGUUGUUUUUCAGAUGAAACAAUAUGUGUUCAUACACCUACAGUAAACAACUCGUUUAUUAACUCAUCUUGUAUUGAACCUGCCUCAAAGCAUUUCAAUCAACUACUCUCAACAUUCAAUUUUAUUCUUCUACCAAUUAUAUUUAUUGCUAUGAUUAGUAAUAUAUGUGGAAUAAUUUAUGCAAUGAAUUUAAAAACUGCUAUUCAUAGAAUGAAUUUAAAUAAUAAUGAAUUAGCUAAAAGUUUAUUUGCUCUUAAAUCAAGACAAUUAGCUGGUAUUCAUAGUGAUAUGAAAAAAAAUCCAAUAGAAGAAUUUCAACAAAGAAAAAAUGAUCAAAAUAAAAAUAAAAAACAACAUUUACAUAUUCCUGGGUAUUUUCCUAUAACACCAACUAUUUUACAAGUACGACAACCAGAACAAAAUACAUAUCUUCAUUAUGGAUUAUAA